AUGGCUCCAGGGAUCGCAUCGCCUUUGGCUUCAACGGCAAUCCCAAAGCCAUCCACGGAGAAACAAAUAUCGGCUCGACCAAGAUUAUUUCACCAUAGCCUGGUGACCAAGGACUUUGACGCCCUCAGAUUUCACGCUGCGGCAUCGUUACAGCUGCAAUUCGGCCAAAAGUACACCGCUGCCGCCGCCAAAUCUGACGAUCUUCUCAUUGCAUCUCCGUACAAUGAACCAGGCCAUCUGCUAGAUCUGAAGACACUCGAUACACCAGAGCAAUUAUUGUCCAAGGCUCUCACGAUUUUAAAACCGGUUCGGGAAGAUUAUGCAACUGCGCCUUAUACGGAGGCGCUCAACUGGCAAGAUGUUUUUGACUUUCUGCGAGAGUUAUCCCAGGCGGAGGGGUAUCAAUGGACGAGACAGCGGUUUUAUGUGGUCGCCUUUCGAUCUAAACUUCUUCCCGAUAUAGACUCGGAUCGUUUGUAUGAGUUGGAUGCUCGCUCGCAUCAAGAGGCUACUGCGUCAGGAGGGUUAUUGCGUUAUUGGUUUGGAGCUAGCGAUGAGAACAGACAGAACCUGGCAACUUGCCUCUGGCGUAAUCGAACCGAUGCGCGACUGGGAGGCACCGGACCGUGGCACCAACAAGCCCGUGCUGCAGCACGAGAGAUGUACGAGAAGAUUGAAUUCACGACUUUGAGCUUGGUUAUUGGCGAGGAUGGAAACUGGGAGUUUGGAGAAUGGACCGAUGAAGAGUAA